AUGUGUCACAUUCUACAUCGAGGGAAUCCCACGCUCGGGCAAAGAGGCCUUCACCUUCUCUCUUCCGUACCGCCUCCGCUAAAGCACAAAUUCGGCCCACCUCGAGUUUAUUCAGCAAUUGAUAUUGAAGCACUUCAUGCAUCGCCAGCGUCUUCACAAAGUAUGGUUCUUAGCGGUGCUAAGCGUGAAGAUACCGCUUGUUUUGGAGUUGCUGCUACUCUAAACGACGUACACCAAAUCGUGCUUUUUUCUAAUUCCCCACAAAGACAACCCACAUUAGUUAUUUCAUCAGAGUAUUCACCUCAGUGUGUCUGGCCGGUGGACGCCCGUGUGACCUCCGAAGCCCACUACUGGUAUGAUCCUUCCACUGCUAUCGCCCUACAUCUCGUUCUUAAUAAAGACUUUCUCGUUGAGGUCUUGUUUUGCGGUCGGCUGUUUAUGGAGGGUGGCGAAGUGGGGUCGCCUUCCCCUUCGUUUCAACCAGAGGGAAACCGCAUGUCCCCGGCACUCCCUGUGAAACCCCCCGAUUGCGGAAUUAUUCGCUAG